AUGACGAAUCAGAAGUGUGUUGUGUACUCGUAUGACAAGAACAGUCCAGGGCAAGCGAUUAUCGAUCGGCUGCCGCAAAUUAAUGGACGCUUUACCAAAGCUUUGAUCGCAGAUUUUGACGAUCCAGCGACAAACACGCGCAGUAUCAAGUCUGAGCUUCAACUGUACAAGCUGGACCGGGUCGAGGUGUCGAAGAUUGAUAUUGAAG